AUUCAUUCUGGGCUUGCUCGCUGGUUCUCGCGCUGUCGGUCCGCUUCAGAGUCCGCGUCAGAAGGAUUAUCUGCCAAACCCAAAGCGGGUCCCUCUCGAGACGAUCGAGGAAGAGCAUGUUGAAGGUGAAGCUGAUACUCAAGAUGAAAAAGAAC